CGACGUCGGGGCCGUGGUGACACGAAAAUUCGGUUUCAGAAGCUUUGAAAAUAUCAAAAUAUAUCCGUAUCAGGAAUGGCGUCUACUCAUCAACUUAAUCGCACCUUGGACGUCUCUGGAACGCAUCGUUACAUGUUCUUUACCAGUUCAACGGGAGUAAACAGGACGAAGAAAGGUCGUCUGUUAUUUUCCAGGCGGAAUGUUGGACGAUCAUCGACCAUCGUCGGCAAUUGCAGAACACAAGCUAACAGCGACACGACAGAAUCCGAUUCUUCUGCUGUCUUCCUCACAACGUCGACUCAGACGGAUAUGCGAGACUCGGAAAUUCAAACUGAUCCGUGGUGGCAUCGAUCGGAAGGUGUGCCGCUUCUUUGCUGCCGUGGAUCGCACCGGAAGCUAGAAAGGGCGAAAUGGAAUGCACGGGUCUAUCUUGGACCAUUUGAACAACAACAAGAGGAAGAUCAAGAUGUUAUACAACAAGAAAGUUUGCCGGAAAUGCAAGAUAGCGACGCCAGUGUUGGCACGCGAACCCCUGACACGACCCUCGUUAAACAAAAAACUGUCAGCUGUGGCCCAUCCUAUGUCAGCAGAGCUUGUUUCCCCGAUCCACUUGAUCUCUGGGUGUCAACAUAUCAAAAGCUACGCGUUGACGACGAAAUUGAGGAGGAAAAGAUGUCAUUGAAGAAAACUCGCUUACGUGAACGCCAGAAUCUUCGAAACAUGAAGCAGCACAAGCAGCCGACAACUGAAUUAUACAAAACCUCAGGAAAACUCACAACAUACCGAAUGAUCUCGAAUCGCGGAUGUCGGAAAACUAUUCCGAAGUUACCACCCAGCAUUCCCAAGCUUGAUAAUGCUAUUCUAGGCGAAGCACUGGACCAUCUCUGUCAGCAAAUUCAAGAGCAAUUUAAAAUAAGGACAACGCUAAGCAAAUAAUAUUGAUUUGCUUCAUGGCAGUCAGCAUAACAAAGCAUUUCUUUUUCACUGACAAAUCUUUUACAUGUCCCUCAAUAAAUGAGAAAUUUAACACA